AGAUUUCACCAACUUGACCCAGUGAUAGGCAGGUCAGUGCUCCAUGUUGCGGCGCUGCGUGGCACUGGGCACCAACUGGCUCUGACUGCAGCACACACACACACUCACACACACACAUGACUGUGGUUGUGAAUGGCCCCGACAGUUGGCACAUUUGGCACAGCGCGGGGAGUCACCGUCAUUCCGGGCACUGCUGCUACCUGCUGCAGACCGAGGCUGCGCUGCGUAACACCCAUGGGUGUCGCUACUGUGACCGUCUCGUGCAUCAGGACUGCUGAAUGUUGCCGCUUUGAUCGGUGCAGCUAUUUUCAGAGGCACUCGCGCGAGCUAUUUCGGAGCGAUUGGGAACGUGCAGACUGCUCGGGCGAUAAUCUGGAUUGAGGAGCGCUCUGCAGCAGACCCGGACCCGGAGCAGCAGUAGCAGAGGAGGCACGGAUGUGAUGCCAAAGCUGACCAGAAAGCACAAAGGUUCAAGUCAAGGAAAGAGAUCUGCUGGGUGUCCCCUCUGGAGAGGGAUCUGGACUGUGGUUCAGCGCAGCGAAAUGUAGCGCCUCACUGCCCUCAAAGCCGGAUUUGGAGACCUGCCUGCUCUCUACUCAUGAUUUCUCUGUAGUCUGGUCCAGGGGCAUCUGCUGCAGUCAUGUUUAGGAACAGCUUGAAGAUGUUGCUGACGGGAGGGAAGGCCAACCGCAAGAGUCGCAGCAGCGAUGGCGGCAGUGAGGACCUGGCAGACCCACGCUCGCCCAGUCUAGACCCUCACCUGAGCCACGUUGGCCAAGGUGGCAGCAUAGACAGCGACUGUGCCUUUGAGGGAGACUACGCCGUGCCCCCGCUCCACAUGACCGAGGGCAUGCAGCACAUUCGCAUCAUGGAGGGCGUGUCACGCUCGCUGCCCUCCUCCCCGCUGCUCACACACCAGACCAUCAGUGUCAGGCUGCAGCCAGUGAAGAAGCUCACAGCCCCUCUGCGGAAAGCAAAGUUUGUGGAGAGCCCUCGCAUUCCACAAUCAGAGCUUGGCUCCCCUACACACACCUCCACCACUGCCAAGAAUCCAGACCUGGACACAUACCGCCCGGGGGAGUCAAGCCAGGAGCUGGGCCCCCCUCCGUCGGUGGAUGAGGCAGCCAACACAUUGAUGACGCGCCUGGGUUUCCUUCUGGGAGACAAAGUGAGCGAGGGGCCGGCCGGUACCCAGUACAGCAUGGAGGAACCCGAGGCGAGACAGGGCCAGAACCAGAGGAUAAGUCCGUGCUCCACCCUGACAAGCAGCACUGCCUCACCCCCUGCAGGCAGCCCCUGCUCCACCCUCCCCCCUGCCAUGCCAGGCCAGGCAGGAAAUAAGGACUGUGCCUACGGUUCUGUCACCAGUCCAACUUCAACUCUGGAGAGCAGGGACAGCGGGAUUAUCGCCACACUGACCAGCUAUUCCGAGAACAUGGAGCGAGGCAGCAAAUACGGCGAGGGAUCCCGGGGAAACCUGAAACUGUGGCAGUCUCAGAAAUCAGGCAUGGACUCGUUCCUGUACAGGGUGGAUGAAAACAUGACCGCCUCCACCUACAGCCUCAACAAAAUCCCUGAACGCAACCUGGAGAGCAUGUCCUCCCACUCUGCCCACUCCAUCCCUCUGUACCUCAUGCCCCGCCCUAACUCUGUGGCCGCGACCAGUUCAGCCCACCUGGAGGACCUGGCAUACCUGGAUGAGCAGAGACACACUCCAUUACGCACCUCGCUGCGCAUGCCCAGACAGAGCACCACCUGCGGGCCGGGUCGCUCCGGGCAGGACCUGAGAGCUUCCGCUAAUAACACCCAUGCCUGGCAAUCCCAGUCACUGCGUUUUGCACCCUAUCGGCCUCAAGACAUCGCCCUCAAACCUCUGCUCUUUGAGGUGCCGAGCAUCACCAUGGACUCGGUCUUCACGGGUCGCGAGUGGCUCUUCCAGGAGAUCGACGCCCACCUCAACAGCCCCAACGCUAGCACCAACCGCGGCGUGGCGGUAGUAGGAAACAUCGGUUUCGGCAAGACCGCCAUCAUCUCCCGCCUGGUGGCGCUGAGCUGCCACGGCACCCGCAUGAGACAGAUCGCCUCCGACAGCCCGCAGGCCUCACCCAAACAUGGAGAGGGGCUUCCUCUCACACAGCCUCAGCCCACUCACGGCACCCUGGGAGGAGGCAGCUGCCCUGGGACCCCGGAGAUGAGGCGGCGUCAGGAAGAAGGCAUGAGGAGGCUGGCCUCUCAGGUGGUGGCAUACCAUUACUGCCAGGCAGAUAACGCCUACACCUGCCUGGUGCCGGAGUUUGUGCACAAUGUGGCGGCUUUGCUGUGCCGCUCGCCGCACCUCGUUGCCUACAGGGAGCAGCUGCUGAGGGAGCCACACCUACAGAGCAUCCUGAGUCUGCGCUCCUGUGUUCAGGACCCCCUCGCUGCCUUCAGGAGGGGAGUCCUGGAGCCUCUGGAUGCACUUUACAAAGAGAGGAAAAUCAACUCAGAGGAGGACCUCAUCAUCCUCAUCGACGGUCUGAAUGAAGCUGAGUUCCACAAGCCGGACUACGGAGACACCAUCGUGUCCUUCCUCACCAAAACCAUUAACAAGUUCCCUCCUUGGCUCAAACUGGUGGUGACAGUCAGAACCACGCUGCAGGAGAUCACCAACGCACUGCCGUUCCACCGCAUCUCUCUGGACGCUCUGGAGGAGAAUGACGCCAUAGACCAGGACCUGCAGGGCUACAUCCUGCACCGCAUCCACAGCAGCCCAGAGAUCCAGAACAACAUCUCGCUCAACGGCAAGAUGGACAACACCACCUUCGGAAAGCUCAGCGCCCACCUCAAGGCCCUGAGCCAGGGCUCCUACCUGUACCUCAAGCUCACCUUUGACCUCAUCGAAAAGGGCUACCUUGUGCUAAAAAGCUCCAGCUAUAAGGUGGUUCCAGUGAACCUGGCAGAGGUUUACCUGCUGCAGUGCAACAUGCGCUUCCCCACGCAGUCGUCGUUCGAGCGGGCGCUUCCUCUGCUCAACGUGGCCGUGGCCUCGCUUCAUCCGCUGAACGACGAGCAGAUCUACCAGGCCAUCAACAGCGGCUCACUGCAGGGCACACUGGACUGGGAGGAUUUCCAGCAACGGGUAGACAACCUGUCAGUCUUCCUGGUGAAGAGGAGGGACGGCACCAGGAUGUUUGUGCACCCGUCCUUCAGAGAGUGGCUCAUCUGGAGAGAGGAAGGAGAAAAGACGAAGUUCCUCUGCGAUCCGAGGAGCGGUCACACGCUACUGGCCUUCUGGUUCUCUCGGCAGGAGAACAAGCUGAACCGGCAGCAGACGAUUGAGCUGGGCCAUCACAUCCUCAAAGCACAUAUCUUCAAGGGUCUCAGCAAGAAAGUCGGGGUUUCCUCAUCUAUCUUGCAAGGCCUGUGGGUAUCCUACAGCACAGAGGGCCUUUCUGCUGCACUUUCUUCUCUACGAAACCUCUACACUCCCAACAUCAAGGUGAGCCGGCUGCUGAUGAUGGGCGGGGCCAACGUGAACUACCGGACGGAGGUGCUGAACAACGCUCCCAUUCUGUGUGUCCACGCUCACCUGGGCUACAUGGACAUGGUGGCUCUGCUGCUCGAGUUCGGCGCCUCUGUGGACUCUCCGUCUGAAAGCGGCCUCACGCCAUUGGGCUACGCUGCAGCUGGGGGUCACAUGGCCAUUGUGACAGCGCUGUGUCGCAAGAGAGCAAAGGUGGACCACCUGGAUAAGAACAGCCAGUGUGCUCUGGUUCAUGCGGCCCUGCGGGGUCACAUGGAGGUGGUGAAGUUCCUCAUCCAGUGUGACUGGAGCCUCGGCCCGCAGCAGCUGCAGCAGUCACCACAGAGCCAACAACAGGCGUCCUUCACCAAGAGCCACGCCGUCCAGCAGGCCCUCAUCGCUGCUGCCAGUAUGGGAUACACAGAGAUUGUGUCCUACCUGCUGGACCUGCCAGAGAAAGAUGAAGAGGAGGUGGAGCGAGCUCAAAUCAAUAACUUCGACACCCUGUGGGGGGAGACAGCUCUGACCGCCGCCUCUGGUCGGGGGAAGCUGGAGGUCUGUCGUCUGUUACUGGAGCAGGGAGCUGCCGUGGCUCAGCCCAACAGGAGAGGCAUCGUCCCGCUGUUCAGCGCAGUGCGGCAGGGACACUGGCAGAUUGUGGAUCUGCUUCUCACACAUGGCGCAGAUGUCAACCUGCCUGACAAACAGGGUCGAACUCCUCUAAUGAUGGCCGCCUCAGAGGGACACCUGGGCACGGUUGAGUUUUUACUAGCUCAAGGAGCCUCUCUGUCUCUGAUGGACAAAGAGGGUCUGACCGCUCUGAGCUGGGCCUGUCUGAAAGGUCACUUACCCGUCGUCCGCUGCCUGGUGGAGAGCGGAGCGGCCACCGACCACGCUGACAAGAACGGACGCACGCCCCUCGACCUGGCUGCCUUCUACGGCGACUCUGAAGUGGUCCAGUUCUUGGUGGACCACGGGGCCAUGAUAGAGCACGUAGACUACAGCGGGAUGCGUCCUCUGGACAGGGCGGUGGGCUGCAGGAACACGUCGGUGGUGGUCGCCCUGCUCAAGAAAGGAGCCAAGAUAGGUCCAGCCACAUGGGCCAUGGCCACCUCCAAACCCGACAUCAUGAUCAUCUUACUCAGCAAGCUCAUCGAGGAGGGGGACAGCUUCUACAAGAAGGGGAAGGUGAAGGAGGCAGCGCAGCGUUAUCAGUAUGCCCUCAAAAAGUUUCCACGUGAAGGCUUCAGCGAGGACCUCAAGACGUUCAGGGAACUCAAAGUAUCACUUUUCCUCAAUCUGUCCAGAUGUCGGAGGAAAAUGAACGACUUUGGGAUGGCUGAGGAAUUUGCUACAAAGGCACUAGAACUGAAACCAAAAUCAUACGAGGCAUACUAUGCCAGGGCACGCGCCAAGCGUAGCAGCAGACAAUUUCCUGAAGCCUUAGAGGACCUGAAUGAAGCCAUGCAGCAAUGCCCCAACAACCGGGAGAUCCAGCGGCUGCUCCAGAGGGUACAGGAGGAGUGUCACGAGCUCAACCAGGAGGAGAUCCAGCAGCAGGACCUAGAGCUGGAGCCUCCCCCCUCCCCUCCUCCUACGCCUCCCCCUGAAGACGAGGAGUCCCUGUCCUUGUCCCUGUCCAUGCCUCUCCCCCCUCCCCCAGAGCCACGACUGGAGGACAUGGAGCCCGUCCAAGACCUGUUUGAGGACGAGGACUACCUGGAGCAGGAGCUAGAGGCCAUGUCUGUGUGUCUGCCUCCUCCUGAGGGUCUCAGCAAUCCUACCAGCCUCCCCAUCAUUCAGAGCCCCCCACUGUCCCCCACACAUCCAGACCAGAUCUACCUAACUGGAGGUUCUCCCAUGGGCCAGCCCUAUGAGUAUCACCCCACCUCGUCCUCCAUGUCCUCUCCAACUCGAGGGUCAUACCAGCCAACAUCGCCCUCCCUCUCCCCGACACACCAAAACUCCCACUACCGCCACAGCCCACCUCACACCUCCCCCGUGCACCAGCAGUCCUACGGCUUCAGUUCGCCACCCAUGGGUUCUGGGGGUCAGGGGAUGGAUCACCAGAGCCCGCCGCCUUCCCCUUUACGUCGGGCAGCUCAGUACAGAGCCAGUCCGCCGUUAGAGAGUGUUUGUCUGUACAGAUCUCAGUCUGGGUCUCCUGUGCGCUACCAGACUGAGCAGCACCCAGGUAGACCCAAGUCCCCUCUGUCCAAGAUGAGCAGCCAGCGAUCGUUCCAGCUCAGCUCACAACCCUCUCUGUCCUCGCAGCACCACCAAGCCCAGGGCCUCCGUCUGCAGCCGUCUAUAGCCCAGAUCGUGCGCACGAACCAGCCCAGCAGCGUGAUGAGUAACAGCAUGUACGGGGGCCAGAUGGGGCACUCAAUGGGUGGGCGCUACCAGGGAGGAUCCGUGGACGUGGAGAGCCGUUUGGUGUACCAGCCCUCCUUGGAUGGGCGGUCUAUGCCCCAGGCUAGCCUCAGCUCUGGGGCCCUCUGUCAGCACGGCGGCCGAGGAGGGGUUAUGGAGUCGAGCCUGUUGAAGGACGAGUUACCCCAGCGCCCCUCCUCUGCCUACCGCGCCAGCAGCGGGGGCCCGGGGGGCAUCCGUUACAGCCAGACCCCUCAGAUCAGCCGCAGCCAGUCAGCCGCCUACUACCCUGUCUCUGAACAUGUGCUGGAACGCGCCAACGCCAUGCCCCCCUGCCAGCUGGGUUCUCCUGAAAUCCCCCAUAUGGUGCGGCGUCCCGUCAGUGCCAACACUACUGAGAUGAAGCAGCACGUGCCCACCCCCCGGCCCCUCAUCCACUCUCAGAGCGUCGGCCUUCGAUUCUCUCCUUCUAGUAACAACAUCUCAACUGGAUCCACCACGAAUCUAGCGCCGGGCUUCAGGCCGUCCUCGUCCAUUCAGCAGAUGGAGAUCCCCCUGCAGGCUACGUAUGAGCGCUCCUGUGAUGACAUCUCCCCCAUCUCUCCCUCCCAGGGCGGCGGUGGGUUGUAUCAAGGCGAGACCCGUUCCAGGAACACCCCGUUCAUGGGCAUCAUCGACAAGACAGCGCGGACUCAGCAGUACUUGCACCAGCCCACGCGGUCCAGGGGCAUGACGUCCAUGGACUCCGCCAUCAGCCCCACCUCCCCCGGCCAGCUGGUCCAGCAAGGCUCCACCUACAGCCCCCCCGCCUCGCUGGGCAACAUCGCCUACUACAACAAGACAAACAACGCCCAAAAUGGACACCUGUUGGAAGAGGACUACUACACCCAAACCCAGCCCCCCUCGCUGGGCAAGCUGGCCAACGGCUCCCGCGGCGGAGGGGACGUCAUGGAGCGCGUCAGCCAGGUGCCCACGUACCCGGACGUGAAGGUGGCAAGGACUCUGCCCGUGGCACAGGCCUACCAGGACAACAUGUACCGCCAGCUUUCACGUGACUCCCGGACCCAAGGCCCCACCUCCCCCAUCAAACCAAAGAGACCAUUUGUGGAGUCGAAUGUGUGAUGGCCGGCCUGUGAUUGGUCGGUUGGACUCAGUUUGUUGUUAAGAGUGAAAAGAGAAAAUAUAUUAGCUCAACCUGUGUGUGACACAGACAAACUCAUCUCAAAGAACUCAAGAGAGACGGAUCCAGGGAGAGAGAGAGACCACACAGCCGGCACACACAAUCACUUAGGGUAUUAGACAUUAUCUGAAAACAUAAACAAAGAGAACCAUUAUUUCAUUAUCAUACUCUGCACACAGGGAGGAGAACAGAGGGUUCCUACGUUCUGAAUCAAAGACCAGUGCACUUCCAAGAACGUUGCGAGGCACAAAGCUCCCACAGGUGAACACAACAGGUGGGACAGACAGUCAUCAUCGGACUCUACUCGUGGACUCUGUAUCCAUCUUCUGUUCUUUCAAAGUGUGCUCUUAACCAAGGUUGCUUGUAGGCUCUAUUCUAUGUAAUACAAUAUUAUAUGUUCAAUACUGUACAUUGCUCAGAAAAUACAAACAGCUCAACAACUCAGUACUUAGAGAAAAAUGACAAUAUUUAUAAUUAAGUUAUAUAUUGUACAUAGAAAUGAGACAAAACAUAGUUUGCGUUUGAAUUGUAUUCUGUUAACCCUGCCUUUGUGUCAUAUGGAUGUGAAAACUGAUCAGGGUGAGGAGUGAGGGACAUCGACCAACUUUGAAUGGAAUAAUUACCUCUGCUGUGUCAAAAUGAAUCAGACUGUGUUGUGAUUUAAUGCAAAAAAAAACGCUUUCAAUGCUGCACUCCCUUUCUUUUCCUGAUUUCAUUGAUGUUUUAGAGUAAACUAUCCAUCCAUCCUUUAUCCACACCGCUCAUCCUAUUUGGGGUUGACCUAACUAGCGUGUUUUUCAGACUGCUUGGAGGAAGCUGUGGCACCCUGAGGGAGCCCACGCAUGCACGGAGAGAACAUGAAGUGUCACACAGAGGUGGGGUUUGAACCAGGAGCCUUCUUGAUGCAAGGCAGCAGCGCUUACCACUGCACCACUGUGCAGCUAUAAUAAAAUAAACCCAGCAGAGUGUCCCACGGUGACAUCUUUGAAUGUCAUUUUUUACUUUUUUUUAUCCAACUAUUAGUUUAAAUCUGAAAGUAUUCUAUGCACAGUGAUGUAAAGAUGUAAGGCCUCACAAAAGAGAAGAAACAAGAAGAUCUUGUUCAAAAUUUAGUUUGAAAAUUAGUGAUUAAUAACCAAAUAGUUCGGCAUGAACUUCCUAUGAUUAAUUAGGGUACACAUUAUUUUGUGCUCCAACUUUAGAAGCACACGUACAAUUAUAAAUCUUACAAAGAGUGUCAGGGGGUGCACAAAGUUCUUAUUUGAAGAUACAGUCAGUAUAAUCCUUUUUAGUUAUGUUAUCAAUCAGGCAGCUGUGACACCUUCUACCUUCAUCACUACAACGUCAUCAUUUGAAAUAUCAGACAUAGGGAAAGUCUUGGUGAUGUCUGUUCUUUAAACCUUUAGACUUCCUGAUGUAUUUUAGUACUUUAUCCCAAAAUGGGUAAAAAAUGUUCCUGUUCCCGUCUGACGCUGCUCAUCCUGUAGAGCUUAGAAGAAGGGGAAUAAAACACUGAGUGCAUGUGUGCACUUUUUAAGACUUGAGCUUUAAGCUGCUGUUAAAAUUAUCGCACACAGUCACUACAACUGGUCUGCAUCUAAUGUGUUGAUUUACUCAUAUUCAACCAGUCUCUGCCUCAUCUUUGCGGUUCAAACUCCCCGUUAGUGGACAUCAUUGAGCGCUUAUCAAUCUGCUUGAAUACAGAAUUUAAAUAUACAAAGUUAGAGCACGAGUUGCUGUAGUUUUUGAGAAGCUUGUGGUUCUGCAGAGCUUCCUUUAAAGACAGAUUGCUGCAGUAAGCAUUAAGGCGUUCACUCAUCUGUAACAGUUUCUUUUGCUUCAGUGUGAAGUCAUCUCAAAGUGAAUGACUGGUUCAGUGAUUAUAAAACAACAUGGUCGGUGAUUGUGGAUCAAAGUUGGUCUUUGUCCCUCCUUCGUACACAGAGACACUGUAUGUUCCUCAGAGGGAGGCGUGAUGGAUUAACAUGGACAGUGCUCAGCCAUUAAAAGCAAGCAAAUGCAUACACGACCACUGUUACAGACGUCACCCUUUCUCCUGCUUUAUUUUGUGUCCUUUCUUUUUACCCACAAUGCAUUUUGAUUCCUCCACUUCUGCACUAAAAAUGCCUGUUAAGUUCUUAACUAAGGGUGCACUUUAUGUAUUUUUACUUACUUUUGUUGUUACGAUUGUUGAAUCUGGAGAAAGUGGGUGUGUGAUCAGUCAGAGCUCUGACCGGUGAUAGACUAUCAUGAGACAUAAUAAUCUAUGAUUUACAAAAAGCAGUGAUGAAUGACAAUAUGAAGAGCAAACAAUGUUUUUCAACUGGUGAAGAUGUAUAGACUUUCUAGCACAAGAUGUAAAUACUGACUCAAGAUAUUCCUCUCAGUCCAACGCGGGUUCAAUAGAUCAUAUUUAAUUAUUCUACAUCAUAAAAAAAUAUCCAUAUAAGUACUUUAACUCUAAAUUAACCAGUCUAAUCCACUGGUCUUGCACACAUGUUAAAAUAAAGUCAAAUCUACUGCAAAAAAAUAAAGGUUCAGUCCUAAGAAGCUCCAUAUUUUGAGUUUGGAUGUUAUAGAAAGUGGAAAAAUGAGAGUAUUCAAGUUGUUUGUAUAUGUGGGGAGAGUUAUGGACCAUUUGUCUGUAACAUUUUAUUUUGAUUUCUCUGCUAAAGAAUAUCUAAAGAGCGAUAAACCCUCCUGUUUCACCUGCUCCCAGAGAGAUGCCCUGCUUAUCUUUACAGAAAUGAAGGUAUAAACUGUACUAUACUUAAUUUAAUCCAGAGGGUGUAUGGUUUUAAGCUGUGUGUGUAUAUUAGUUUGCUGUAAAUAGUCUGAUGCAUGUUCUAUUCUUUCCAUGAGCUCAAGCAGAAACAUGUAUAGCAGUGUUCUGGCUCUGGUGUGUGUGAUCCGAUGAUAAGGAGACUGCUAGCCCUGAACUAUCCUUAUCGUUUUCCUUCAAACCUCACCGGGCGAAAAGCGAAAGGUUCUUUUCUUUUCUUUUAAUGUGUUUGCUUGCUGAGCAGAGUUCUCUUGUCUGUAAAUGUGAGCUUUCAGAUCGCUGUGAUAAAAAGUUUAAUUAAAAACAAUAAAAAAGAAUGUGUUUUUA